GUUUGCUUUUAAUCGUUCCGGAACGUAUGGUUCCUUUUCGAAAGGGGCCACCAGCUCCCCUUUCCUACAUUCAACAUGGAGCCUCGUCACGGGAUCAUGAAAGCCUUCCCCAAAGUUAAACGGGCCAAAGUGCUACCAGGAAAGGAUGUGCCCCCGUUAAAGAAGACAUUUCAUGAAUUUGACCUCACAGGAGACGCUUUUAAUGGCGUCACUGUGUACAUCGUGCCAGCUGGAAUAGGAAAUGCUCGGUGCCAGAUCUUCCUUAAACAAAUUCAGCAGAACGGAGGCCAGGUAGAGUCCUCACUGUGUCCCAGUGUCACUCAUGUUGUAGUGGAUGACAACAUGGACCUUGAUAGGGCUCUGCGCUUGCUCAAAGUGGAUUGUAUGCCCUCUGGAGUCGAACUGGUAAAGUGCAGCUGGUUGAGCUCCUGCAUCAGUGGGAAACAACUGCUGGAUGUGGCCAGCUACAGCCUUCUUUUACCCAAGAGGGACACUGAAGCAAAGCGUGAAGAUAUUAAAGAAGAGUUUCCAAACAUGCAGCCUGUCCCUGAAGCUUCCGUAGAGCCAGCGGAGGGGACGACUGUAAACACGACAGUCCCAGACAGCAACGAAGAAGCUCAAGGAGAGGAGGACGGCGUCUCUCAGAACGAUCUGGAAGCUCUCAUCACUGGCCAGCACCCCAAAGAGGAGGUGGAGGAGAAGGAGGCGCCAGGCCCGAGCCACGACCCCGGUCCAGACGCUGCCGCUCCGGUUCCCGUCUCGGGGAAGUGGGUCUGUGCCCGGUCCUCCCAGUCCAAAACUAAUAACUUCAACAAGCACAUCACAGACAAACUGGAAGUGCUGGCCAAGGCCUACACUCAUCAGGGAGACAAGUGGAGGGCGCUCAGCUACUCCAAGGCUGUCAACGCUCUCAAGAGUUACCACAAGCCCGUUACAUCAUAUCAGGAAGCUUGCCAAAUCAACGGAAUAGGAAAACGUAUGGCUGACAAAAUUGAUGAGAUCAUGGAGAGUGGCCACUUGCGGAAGCUGGAUCACAUUGGAGAGGCGGUUCCAGUACUGGAGCUGUUCUCCAACAUCUGGGGUGCCGGGACGAAGACCGCACAGCUGUGGUAUCAACAGGGAUAUCGCACUUUGGAGGACAUCCGCACUAAAGCCCACCUGAGCAACGCUCAGAAAAUCGGACUGAAGCACUACGAUGACUUUCUUGAUCGAAUGCCAAGAGAAGAGGCAGGAGAGAUAGAAAAAGUGGUGAGGGAAGCCGCGCUCGCUCUGGACCCAGGCCUGCUCGCCGUGGCCUGUGGCUCCUACCGGCGGGGAAAGGCCACGUGUGGCGACGUCGACGUACUGAUAACGCACCCAGACGGCACGUCCCACAAGGGCGUCUUCAGCAGAAUCCUACAGAGCCUCCAUGACAGCGGGUUUCUGACGGACGACCUGGUGAGCCACGAGGACAACGGAGAGCAGAAGAAGUACAUGGGCGUGUGCCGCCUGCCGGGUCCGGGCCGCCGCCACCGCCGGCUGGACAUCAUCGUGGUGCCCUACGGCGAGUUCGCCUGCGCCCUCAUGUACUUCACCGGGUCGGCGCACUUCAACCGCUCCAUGAGAGCGCUGGCCAAGACCAAGAGGAUGAGCCUGUCCGAGCACUCGCUCAACAAGGACGUGGUCCGCCAAGGCGGCGUGAAGAUGCACGGCGGCACGGCGCUCCCCACGCUGACGGAGAAGGACGUCUUCGGCCUGCUGGGAAUCCCGUACAGGCUGCCCGACGAACGGGACUGGUGAUCGGCACGAGGCUUUAGAACCAUCUAACUUUAUUUAAAAGUAUUGCAAAACAUGCAUCGAAUGUGGUUUUUAAAUGUUUGUUGCUUAAAGGGAGGUUUUAUGUUUUAAGGGCUGAAUAUGGAAAAAAUGCUGCAGUUUUAAAGUUUUGCUGACAAAGCAUUCACUGUUUUUAGUCAUUUAUGUCCAUUUAAGAUUUUGCCACUGGAUAAAGACUGUUUUAUUCACUUUGCAAUUUUCUGCAAUGUCUUCCUCUGAACCCUAAACAUCAAGAUCAUGAAAACUCACUAAUGACUUGUAGGGAAGCAUCCUACUGUAUGAAUGAAUGUAUUUUUAAAUCAUUUGCAGCACUCUCUGGAAUACAUCAGUGCAAUUCAUGUAUGAUAUGAUCUCAGUCAGGACAUUUUAUUGAUGGACUUCUGUCAAAUGCCAUUAAAAUCCAACAUUUACUGACAAAGGUGACUUAUGUGAUGAAAACACAGACUAAUGUGACAUGUGAUGUUGCUUCAGACUUUAAGUAUAUUGGAAGAAAUGUCUACAAUGAUAAUAAA